AUGCCCCUACUCCGUUUUGGGGGCUUUUUCUCCAGGGCUGACUGCUGCGCCCUGCAGGACUGGGAGCAGCGGCAGGAGGAGGACACGCUGCUGAUCGAGCGGAUCCUGCUGCUGGUGCGCAACGUGCUGCACGUGCCCCCCGACCCCGCUGAGGAGCAGGGUGUGGACGGCGACGCCAGCGUGCACGACCGCGUGCUGUGGGCGCUGCACAUCAGCGGCAUGGACGACCUGCUCAAGUUCCUGGCCAGCGCGCCGGCCGAGCAGCAGUGGGCUCUGCACGUCCUCGAGAUCAUCUCCCUCAUGUUCCGCGAUCAGAGCCCGGAGCAGCUGGCGGCGCUGGGACAGGGGCAGGCGGGCGCAGAGUGCGGGGAGGACACGCGGGAGCUGCAGAGCCUGCGGCAGCGGGAGCAGGCGGAGCGGAGAGCGCGGGUGCUGCAGCGCCCAUCCAGGCACUCGCGUUUCCGCGGUUCCUAUGUCAUCCAGGGGCUGAAGGCCAUUGGGGAGCACGACGUCGUCUUCCAUAAGGGGCUGCACAACCUGCAGAGCUACAGCCACGACCUGGGCAAGGAGACGCGCCGGGUGCCGCGGCGCCGCUGGGCCCCCCCUGAGCCUGGCCCCCCCCGGCGCUCUGCCCGCAACGUGAGGCUCUUCCUGAGCCGCUUCUGCCAGGACUUCCUGGAGGGCUGCUACAACCGCCUGAUGCUGCUGGUCAAGGACCAAUUACUGCGGGAGAAGGCGCAGCAGCACGACGAGACCUAUUACCUCUGGGCCACCGCCUUCUUCAUGGCCUUCAACCGCAGCCGGGGCUUCCGUGCCGAGCUGGUGUCGGAGACGGUGGGCGUGCGCUCCUUCCACUUCAUCGAGCAGCACCUCACCAACUACUACGAGAUGGCACUGAUGGACAAGAAGGAGGCGGCCACCUGGGCACGCAGGAUGCACCUGGCCCUGAAGGCGUACCAGGAGCUGCUGCGCACGGUGCAGGAGAUGGACCGCUCCCCGGAGCCAGCAGUGCGGGACAGCAGCCAGGUCAUCAAGAACCACAUCUUCUAUCUGAUGGAAUACCGUGAGCUGCUCCUCGCGCUCUUCCGGAAGUUCGACGAGACGAAGCAGCCUCAUGCGUUCCUGCGGGACCUGGUGGAGACGGCGCACCUCUUCCUCCAAAUGCUGGAGCGCUUCUGCCGCGGCCGCUCCGGCCUCGUGGUGCAGAGCAAACGUGUGAGGAGGAGGAAGAAGCCCCGUGCCCCCACAGCGCCGCAGCCGCCCGGCGCAGCAGAGCUGGAGGAGCUGUGGGCAGCGCUGGCCCCGCAGCUCCAGGGCUGCCUGCAGGGCACGGUGCCGCUCCCCGAGGACGUGGUGCCCUUUGAUGCCACCUCGGAGACCCCGGUGGAGGAGCAGCGUGCGGUGGCUCUGCUGCGCAUCCAGGAGUGCCUGCGGGGGGGGCAGGCCCCCCAGGCCCUGCGGCUGCUGCGCUGCGCCAGGGAAGUGUGGCCCGAAGGGGACGUGUUCGGCCCCCCCGGCGUGGAGCCCCCCGAGGAGACGCAGCUGCUGCGGGAGAUCUGCUUCGCCGCGCUGCCCCGGCCUGCACCCCCCCCUGAGGCUGAGGAGCCCGAGGAGCCCGAGGAAGAAGAGGAGGAGGAAGAGGAGGAGGAGGAGGAGGCGGUGCGGGUGUCCGAGAAGGAGUUCAAUUUCAUGGACUACCUCAAGCGGUGA